GUUGAAAAAAAUAAAACACAUAUUUCAGACUGUAGUUUAGAUGUGGUAAAAUAUAGCAAGAAUAUAAAAAUAUCAAUAUAAGUUUCAAAAUUUAGAGAAGAAAGAACUUCAUUGAUUGUGAGUUCUAAAUAAAUAAUGGUUAGUAUAUAUUAGUGAUAGAGGGUUAGGAAGAAGUCGUUAUAUACAUAAACUCAGUGUAAUGUUUCUGUCAAGCUUUGCUUUGAUUUAAGAUUGUACUUUCUUCCUUCUCACUGUUUACAAUUCGUGUGGUCGUGAACUAAUCACGCCAAGUUCUCUCGUUUAAUUAUUAAUUUGAUGUUUAGUUUUUCUUGGCAACUUUAGAGUUAUAUAUAUGAUUAAGUUUUGUAAUCAAAUACUUCAUAUUUUCAUUGAUUUUGCAUAUUAAUGCAUAUGUUUUCAUAAAAAAAGAAAAACGAGUGUAAAGUUAUUGAUAGUUUCUGUUACUUAUUAAUUUUUAAGGUUAUGUGUAUUAUUACCAAUUGGAGGACUAUAUAGUCGCAAGUCUCAACCCUAUAAAAGAAAACAUUCGUCGAUCAUCUUCCCGCCUCGAGUAUCUCUCUCUCUCUCUCUCUUCUCUGUUUUCUUUAUUGAUUGCAUAGACAAAAAUACACACAUACACAACAGAAAGAAAGAUGGAGACGACGAUGAAGAAGAAAGGGAGAGUGAAAGCGACAAUAACGUCACAGAAAGAAGAAGAAGGAACAGUGAGAAAAGGACCUUGGACUAUGGAAGAAGAUUUCAUCCUCUUUAAUUACAUCCUUAAUCAUGGUGAAGGUCUUUGGAACUCUGUCGCCAAAGCCUCUGGUCUAAAACGUACUGGAAAAAGUUGUCGGCUCCGGUGGCUGAACUAUCUCCGACCAGAUGUGCGGCGAGGGAACAUAACCGAAGAAGAACAGCUUUUGAUCAUUCAGCUUCAUGCUAAGCUUGGAAACAGGUGGUCGAAGAUUGCGAAGCAUCUUCCGGGAAGAACGGACAACGAGAUAAAGAACUUCUGGAGGACAAAGAUUCAGAGACACAUGAAAGUGUCAUCGGAAAAUAUGAUGAAUCAUCAACAUCAUUGUUCGGGAAACUCACAGAGCUCGGGGAUGACGACGCAAGGCAGCUCCGGCAAAGCCAUAGACACGGCUGAGAGCUUCUCUCAGGCGAAGACGACGACGUUUAAUGUGGUGGAACAACAGUCAAACGAGAAUUACUGGAACGUUGAAGAUCUGUGGCCCGUCCACUUGCUUAAUGGUGACCACCAUGUGAUUUAAGAUAUAUAUAUAGACCUCCUAUACAUUUAUAUGCCCCAGCUGGGUUUUUUUGUAUGGUACGUUAUUUGGUUUUUCUAUUGCUGAAAUGUCGUUGCAUUUAAUUUACAUACGAAAAGUGCAUUAAAUCAUUAAAUCUUCAAUACAUAUGGAGGUGGUGUUUGAGUAACUUCUGGUCGUUAAAGCAUAUAUACUACUGUACUCUUUUUUUUUCUUUCAAAUUGUUGUUGUUUUUG